GAUGCACCUUAUGACUCACCAGGCUGAGCCAGGCAAGAGCUGCUGCCUAAAAAAUGCCCCAAGGCCAUCGGACAAGGCUGUCCCGCCCCUCCAGGACCAGCAUAAAAGCCAGCCCAGAGCCUCUCUCCCUCACACACUUCUCCUCCUGCUCCUCCGACAACAAGGGACCCUCCACACCACACCCAUGGCCUGCUACGACUCCUGCCGUCCCUGUGGACCCACCCCGCUGGCCAACAGCUGCAACGAGCCCUGUGCCCUGCAAUGCCAGGAUUCCCACGUUGUCAUCAACCCUUCCCCUGUGCUGGUCACCCUGCCAGGACCCAUCAUGACCUCCUUCCCCCAGAACACCGCUGUCGGAUCCACCUCCUCGGCUGCCGUGGGCACUGAACUCAGUGUGCAGGGACAGCCCAUCUCUGGUGGAUUUGGUGGCUUUGGCUAUGGCCUUGGCUAUGGCCGUGGAUUUGGCUACGGGCUGGGCUGUGGCUAUGGGCUGGGAGGCCUGGGCUGCUAUGGCAGAAGGGGUGGCUACAUCUGCUAAGGGCCCUCAGCAGCACCCCUGACACCAACCCCCAGCUCCCUGGAACACAUCUCAGGCAUUGAGGACGCCUCUCUGGUCCAAGGCUCUCAGAUGGACUCAGCACUUCCAGCUCCUGCUCUCAGGGCACCAAGCAAGGCAGUAGACAAGGGGCCAACCUGGGCUGCCCUGGAAACAUGGCCCAUCUGCCUCCUGCUCUUCUCCCACUCCCUGCUCUGCUUGGCCCCUUCAGCUCUGUCCAGCUGUCUCUGCUGCAAACCCCUUCUCCCAAA